ACUUGGACUAAAUUUAGACACUGGCACAUUUUUGCCCACUUUGCGCACAGUUUUGGACCGGCAGUUUUUGGGUGGGGGGUAGGUUGACACGGGGCGUGGUGUGACUCCGGACAGGCAGAUGACUCCGUGGAUUCACUCAUGCAUAGUCACACAAUGUGACAGCCCAGACAUGGGUGGAAACGGGUUCCAGCUCCGUUUAACCGAGCAACGUCCCCGACUCCAAAAACUGACAACAGAGGGCAACUUUUUCUUAUUACUUUAAUCAUUACCUUUUGCAAGCAGCUAUUUACUGCCCAGGCACCUGGUGGAGUUCGUUCGUGUGUGUUUGUGAGGAAACACUUAAAAAAAAAAAAAAAAAAAAAAAAGAGUUGAUGAAACUAUUUGAGAAGUCUCCGGUUCAAGCUCUCAGCAGGAGGUCUUGACGCUUUUCAGCGCGCUACAACGAUGGACCCGCUGACGGCUGAUGGAUUUGAUCUUCUUCUGUAACUUUGACAUCUUCAAAGGUAUGAAGGACAAACGCUGAAGACCCUGAAACUUUCCGCGCUCGUCGGGGGCAGUUAAUGCAGAAAUCUGAAGGUAAUUGAGACCAGCUUCAGUUUUACUGAACAGCAGAGGGACAAAAGCCUGACAAAGCUUAAAGGGAGUCUGAGCACUCUGGCACUUUCUGCAUUGUGAGUCUGGCACGUAUGGGUUUGUAUUUGAACCUGACUCUGUUCAGCUGGUAGACCUAAAUGCCACCAAUACUACUAAAAUGCGAUAGGUCCAUGCCGAGUUUAAGAUUUGCCACUGAAAAGUUGCCACAACGUGAAAAGGAAAACUUCUGUGGAAAUCCUUAAUUCCUUGCAAAGUUUACAGCAGGUGUCAAAACGUUUGUGAACCUUAGUCGAUGGAUUUAUCAUCUUUAAUUCAAGAGUUUUUCACCUGUACUUUCUCCGUAGGCUAGAAACGUGGAAGCAUGGGCGACUGGAGUUUUCUGGGGCGGCUGCUGGAGAAUGCUCAGGAGCACUCAACAGUCAUUGGCAAAGUCUGGCUGACCGUCCUCUUCAUCUUCAGGAUCCUGGUGCUGGGCGCCGCAGCCGAGGAGGUCUGGGGCGACGAGCAGUCUGAUUUCACCUGCAACACCCAACAGCCCGGCUGCGAGAACGUCUGCUACGACGAGGCCUUCCCCAUCUCGCACAUCCGCUUCUGGGUGCUGCAGAUCAUCUUCGUGUCCACGCCGACCCUCAUCUACCUGGGCCACGUGCUGCACAUCGUCCGCAUGGAGGAGAAGCGGAAGGAGAAGGAGGAGGAGAUGCGCAAAGCGAACAGGAUCCAGCAGGAGAAGGAACUCCUUUAUAGAAAUGGUGGUGAUGCUGGAGGUGGGGGGAAGAAAGAGAAGCCACCAAUCAGAGACGAGCAUGGCAAAAUCCGUAUCAGAGGGGCACUGCUGCGCACUUAUGUGUUCAACAUUAUUUUCAAGACCCUGUUUGAAGUGGGUUUCAUUUUGGGUCAGUAUUUCCUGUAUGGCUUCCAGCUGAGGCCCCUGUACAAAUGUGCACGUUGGCCGUGCCCCAACACUGUUGACUGCUUCAUAUCAAGGCCCACUGAAAAGACCAUUUUUAUUAUAUUUAUGCUUGUGGUGGCUUGCGUGUCUCUUUUGCUGAAUUUGUUAGAGAUCUAUCACCUUGGAUGGAAGAAACUCAAACAGGGCAUGACAAAUGAGUUUGCCCCUGAUAGCCAGUUGAUGCAGCGCGCUAAUGCUAAAGAGCCUCAGUGUUUGGCCUCAGCCUCCAGAACUGCCCCAUCCAGCCUCAGCUACCCUUCCAACUACAUAGACGUUACGGCGGGCAGCGGGGCGUUUCUGCCGCCUAUAAGACCAGCAGCCAUGGCUUCAGCAGCGGAGUUUAAGUUGGGUGACCAGCGGGAGGAGUCCCUUCAGCAGUCUUCUUCCCCUUCUCAGUACUAUAUCAGCAACAACAACAACCACAGGCUGGCCACACAGCAGAACUGGGCCAACCUGGCAACCGAGCAGCAGACUCGGGAGAUGGGUUCCCCUUCACCAUCCUCAUCUUCUUCUGCCAACAAUGAGAAUGAACAGCAGCAGAUGCCGGCUGGUGCUGCUCUGCUUCUUCCCAGCAACACCAACAGCAACGGCAACACCACCAACAAUGCCAACAUGGGCAGCACCAGCAGCAGCAUCCCGGGUACUGCCUCAAAUGCAGAUAGUGGAGGAGGAGGCAAAAACACGCAGGAGGAUGGCCAUCUCACCACCACAACGGUGGAGAUGCACGAGCCCCCGCUUAUGGCCAGCACAGACCCUCGACGGCUCAGCCGAGCGAGCAAAAGCAGCAACGUCAGGGCCAGGCCUAGCGACCUGGCUGUUUAAAACCUCUUUAGCCUUAAAUGUCCCCAGCCCCUCCAACACCACCUCCUGCUUCCCCAUACCACUCCCUCAAACACUGUGAUUGUCAGAGUUAAAUAAGAAAGGAAAACAAUAUAUAUUUGCUUUAAGCAUAAAAAAAAAUCUAAGAAAAUUGAAAAUCCAAAAAAGACAAACUAUAAAGGGGCAAGAAAGCAAACAUUGUGAACUGUAGGUGCUUAUAUGGAAUAAUUUGCCCAGCAAGAAGUAUCCGACUUCAGCCGUUGCUCUCAGGCCCCACCACUCCAAGUCCUUUUCUGGUCUUCAAAUAUUUGAUCUCAUGUCCUAACCCUUAACUUAAUCAAAUGUUGACACCUAACCCUAACCUUAAACACAAACUAUACUUUUAUUAUUUAUUAAAUUAUAUUAUGCUUAUUGUCCUUGGACAGGUUUUCAUUUGCUCAUGUGGCAACCAGAUAGCACGCCAUGUGGGAAUCAGAAGGGCUUUUGGACUGUGGGGACUCAGAGUGGUGCUGAGAGUCUCUGGUCAUAUAUUAUUGCCCCCGCUGCAUCCUUUUCAGUGCAAUCGGUGAGUUGUAGCACUGCUUGUUAGUUUUUUUUUUAGGUCUAUGCACAGAAAGCAUCAUCACUCAGUUAUACAAAGAGCAGAAGGCAAAAUUUAAUGUCAUUAGAGGCAAAUUCCACCAACCUGUUUGAUUUGGUGAGAAGACUUCAUGGUCCUUCUAAUUGUUGAGCCUAAAUGACAUAUUAUUUCUAAUGUGAAAGAUUUGUCAAGACUAGGCAUGGACCUGUAUAGGAUUGUUAUGAAAUGAUGAAUACCACUGUUUUUUAAAGUUGGUUGUUAGUUUGGCUAUCUGCUAAGGAGGCAAGUCUUCAGUCAAGAGCUUUAUAGACAUGUCGCUCGUCGCUUGUAGACUGUAGUUUUAGAACAGCUUUACCUUAAUAGAAGGGACAAGUGGUGCUGCUUUGGUUUCCACACCAUGGCCGCCUGAGUUUUUUUUAACUGGAAAAUGUUUCUCGCUGGCUAAAUUCCUGUUGUCUUAAAGCCAGGGAAACAUGUUAGUGACCUUCUUUCAGACAGUUGUCCAGGAGUGUGCAGCAUUAAGUGGGGGAGAGGCAGAACUGCAUUACUCUGUACAGCCAGAUAAAGCAUUGCUCACUCUGGCACCUUCUCUGGGCUAACAUUAAAAUCACUUUAAAUUGUAGGAAUGGUGUGACUGAGAAUUUUUAUGCGUUUAAAAAAUAAAACCUUGGUAUACCUUGAUACCAGUAACUCAUGCCUAAUAAUGACUGAAUAUUUAUAUUUCCUCUGCAGGAAGUACAGACAGUUGGCAUUAAUUUAUUUUCUCAGUGCCAUAUGUCCUGGUCACCAGUUUUAACUGGUUCCACAGUCCAACAAGCACUGUGUUGCAUUUCAGGUCAGCUUAAUUUCUUAAUGACCAAUCUUUCACUAUGAGGGUCUUUUACAGCAAAGACCCUCAAAUCCAUGUCACAUUAAAUGUUAAUAACCGUGGUUCAACUUUUUUAACAACACGUGACAACAUAUUUCUUUUCAAGUCGGAUCAUUGCAAGAGGUGUAGUCCUACAACUCACCGAUUCACCUUUCAUUAGUUUUGCCCUAAAUCCACGAUUUCUCUUUUUUUUUGUUCUGUAAAACCAAUCAGGAUGAGAGAAAAUUCAAAAAUGCAGGUUAAAGUUAAACCCAUGAUAUACAGAAUUGACCUUGUCCUCUCUGAGGAAAUGGGUACCUGCCUCUGUUUUCAGCCAACAUAGGUCAAAGAAAUACUGCAUAAAGAUAUUGCCAUGCAUGCCAAAAGCCUUAAAAUAAAAUGCAAAUGUAAGGGCAUACAGCAUAAUGAAUCAACAAUGUUCUCCUUGUUUAAAAUAUAGUAUUCCAAAGGUUUUGGUUAUAGACUUGUUACAGAUAUGUAGUUGUGUUGUGGCCCAUUUUUCCAACACCCUCACAGCUACCUUUUUAAUCACACCUGAACAGCGAUAGCAACUUUGGAAGCUCCAUUAUUUUUUAUUGUUAUACACUUCAUGUGCUUCUUCCUUGGUUUUAUUCUGAAAAGUGCUAUUUUUUUAAGAAACCGAGUUGAACAUUACUCAUAAACUGCACUCCUGUAGUAGUCAGUUUUUUGACUGAGAAACAUCUCGGAUUAAAAAGGAAAAAGAAAAAACAAAGAGAGCUGUUGCGCGUUUUUAAAACGCUGUUGUGCAUUAGCCCACUAAUCCUUUUAAUCUUUUUUGUGGUCAUCAUGAUACUUUGACACCUUUAGAAUAUCCAAGGCGUUAACUUCUCUCAUCAGCCUCCACGGUCCUGUGUAACGUGGUGUGUCAUUGUCCUGUUUAGUUGUUCACACUGCAGGCAUUUUCAAAAUGCCUUUUCACUUCACAUCAACCUUAAUCUACAGUAUUUUACCGUGAACCUGUUACCGGGGCAUCAGAGUGAAAACCCAAUCUGCACUUGAUAUGUUAAUGAGCAUAACAACUCAAUGAAGAAUUGAAGGGAGAGUUUAGGAUGUUUAAAGUGAGGUUCUGUUAAAAGUAUAUAAUAAUAUCUUACUUGUAAUAGAUAGGUCUCGAGACAUCUUGAUUUAGCAUAAAACUCCAUUCACUGGCCUCAGAGGCUAUUCUGAUUGUUACACUGGAAAUGAAAGUAAGAGGUGGUAAGCCAUCAAUGAUCUUCCAAAGUGAAAACAUGUACAGUGAACGAAACAUGGAAAGUCUUGCUGGUCAAAUUGACUGAUAUAAAAGUAAAGCAGUGUAAAAAGCCAAAAUAUUAAAGCGGUUCAAGUCAACACUGUUUCAUUGAUUUCUACACCGCUUUACUUUUCAGCUGGGUAGUGACACUGUCCGGAAACCCUUGACAUCUUCUGUUCUUUGUACGUUUCACACAGAAAGAUGAUUGGUGCCGCACCGCCUCCUACCUCCAUUUCCUGUGUAGGUAUUUCAAGAUGUUACAAUGGUUUAAAGCUUCAUAAAACAGUGUUUGCAUAAACCACUAUGACAUUUUUGAGAUUGUAGUUGUUUUCAGACAGUAGACAUGCACUUUGGUCUCGACCCCUCUCAAACUAAACAUUAGCUUCAGCCUCCAGGACCAACUAAUGAGGGUUUAUGCUAAAUAAAGAGGUCAAGUGAGUUAUUUACUGCAGCAGAUAACCUUUUACCAGAACUUUACUUUAAAAAUACCAAUCUCCUGCCUUCAAUAAUAUUGUAUAGAAAGUAUUUUAUAUAUCGUCUGCACAGCAGCUACUGUGCAGAUUGGGAGACAGGAGAAGGAAUAGGGUAAAGUAGUACAAAUUUCAGUUGUCAGCAAAGUAGAGAUGCUACAAAAUCAUGUUACUUUAUAGUCUGAGUAAAGUAUACCUCAUAGGUAUAACAUUCAUGCUGUAAUGUGUUACAGUUGUUAGAAUGUCAUUCACUGCUAACACACAAGGAGGAAACUAUGCAAGGACCAAAACACAAAGCUAAGACCAGCCAGUGUCAGUUUAUUGUUAAAAAACACCAAAAAGUCUUCUUCUGCUUUUAUCGUAAUCUAUGAUUCUUAAAGUUUACAUUUUAGCAAUCGGUACUUGCAGAGUGAGCAAAUAAAAGGGCUCCUCCACAGUGGCAGAACUAAUAGUUUUACAGGUGGAGAGAAAUAAUGUGACACAAGAGACUGCUUAAGCAAUGUAGAAAAGUCUUAAAAACACAAUUAUUCACAGAGGAAGGAAUAUAAAAAUAGAGGAAUAUUCAUCUCACACCCUGAUCGUAAAGUGUUUGGACAUUAAACAAGGAGAGAAAAACCGCUGGACUAUUUUUCAGUUUGUUUAGUUGAUGUGUUCCCACAAACUCGUCAGAACUCCGGUUAGACCUCAUAUCAGACAGCUUUCAGAAAUGGGUAGCUGGCCUUUCCCUAAGCCUGCAGCUCUGACAGGAUGUUGGGUUCAAAGAGUGUUGUCCCUUUGACUCCACAAAGCUCUCUCCACUCACAGUAUGUUUCAUGCAGAUCAUGAUGUCUCUGGCUCAUCAGGGAGUAGGAACCAUCUCACGAUGCUCACAACAGCAAUCUGUUUUCAAUACUGUCUUAAACAAGAGAAGUGCCUUGUGUAUGAAUGAUUCUACUGUAAGAACAAGUUGAUGUAAAUGUUGAUUUACCUCAAGUGUUUACAAAUUGUUACUAAAUAAAUUUUUUGUACCGUACUUGCUGUUUUAGCUCUCACUCUUGCUUUGUGCAAUAAAUAAAAUUAUUCAUUUGCAGAAACACAA